CUGAAGGUGCCGGACGUAAACAAAUGUGGUUUUUUGGUAAAAAGGAGGAUAUUACAACCCAAUAAUUGCACAGAUGGAGCGAAAUUAUCGGGAGGACCAAUUGAAUGAGAUCGAGGCGCUGGAUUCGAUCUACUGUGGCGAGCUGGAGGUAGAGCAGACGGAGCCACACAAGUUCCGGUUACCAAUCGCCACCACCGAGUACGAUACCGAAGUCGAGACGGAAGGUUUGUCCUGUAAACUGCUGUUUACGUAUACGGAAAAGUAUCCCGAUACGGCACCGCUGGUCGAGAUCGAAGAUCCCGAAAACUUCCAGAAUGACUACGAACAGGAGCUGCUGGAACACAUUCACAAAACGAUAGAGGAAAACCUCGGCAUAGAGAUGAUCUUCUCGCUCGUGUCCUCCGCGCAAGAGUGGCUCAACGUAAAGUACGACGAGCUGAAGAACGCCGCCGAAAGUGCAAAAGAGGAAGCCAAACGCAAGGUGGACGAAGAGGAGAUGAAGAAAUUCGAAGGAACGCGCGUUACCGUGGAAACGUUCAUGGCGUGGAAAACGCAGUUUGAGCUCGAUUUAGGCAUUACGGAACGAAAGGAAAAGAUACUGGCCGAAAACAGAAAGCUUACGGGGCGUGAGCUGUUCCUGAAUGACAACACAUUGAACGAAUCGGAUCUCAAGUUCCUCAUGGAUGCGGGCGAAUCAAUCGAAAGCGUGAGGAUCGACGAGUCGCUGUUCCAGAACAUCGAUGAUCUUGAUCUGGACUCGGACACCGACGAUGAGGAUUAUGUGCCCGAAUAAUGUGAGCCGGUCAACCGCCUUUAAAAGUUUGUCGCGCGUGGACAUUGACGCGCACGUGAGGGAAAUACAGUUGAAACUUUACGAAACA